AUGGGUGACUACUCGAAGGCCUUGAGUUAUUAUGAAAAGACACUGGAACUUCAGUUGAAAACACUGGGACCGAACCAUCCAUCUGUGGCUACUACAUUCAACAAUCUUGGAGAUGUUUACAGUGACAUGGGUGACUACUCGAAGGCCUUGAGUUAUUAUGAAAAGACACUGGAACUUCAGUUGAAAACACUGGGACCGAACCAUCCAUCUGUGGCUACCACAUUCAACAAUCUUGGAAUGGUUUACAGUGACAUGGGUGACUACUCAAAGGCCUUGAGUUAUUAUGAACAGACACUGGAACUUGAGUUGAAAACACUGGGACCGAACCAUCCAUCUGUGGCUACGACAUACAACAAUCUUGGAAUGGUUUACAAAAGCAUGGGUGACUACUCAAAGGCCUUGAGUUAUUAUGAACAGACACUGGAACUUGAGUUGAAAACACUGGGACCGAACCAUCCAUCUGUGGCUACGACGUACGGCAGUCUUGGAAUGGUUUACAGUGACAUGUGUGACUACUCAAAGGCCUUGCGUUAUUAUGAAAAGGCUCUCGGAGUUAUGCGGAAAUCUCUCCCGGCUACUCAUCCUUCUAUCAAUGUGUGUGAAAGAGCAGCAGCUGACAUGAGUCAGAAACUGAUGAGACGUUCAUAA